CACUGUUCAUAAAAUGUCAGAGCGCCAGGCAGUGGUUAGGAGUUGUAAUCUUUUAUUAUUGUGUAAAAUUGAUUCGCGAUGAGUUACAUGCUCGGACACCUCCAUAACGGCUGGCAAGUUGAUCAGGCCAUCCUUUCCGAAGAAGAUCGCGUCGUAGUCAUCAGAUUCGGGCAUGACUGGGAUCCGACAUGUAUGAAAAUGGACGAAGUGCUGUACAGCAUCGCCGAGAAAGUGAAGAACUUCGCCGUCAUCUACCUCGUUGACAUCACAGAGGUGCCGGACUUCAAUAAAAUGUACGAGCUGUACGACCCAUGCACAGUGAUGUUUUUCUUCCGCAACAAGCAUAUAAUGAUUGACUUGGGCACUGGUAACAACAACAAAAUAAACUGGCCACUGGAAGACAAGCAAGAGAUGAUUGACAUCAUCGAAACAGUUUACCGUGGUGCCCGCAAGGGUCGUGGUCUCGUUGUGUCACCCAAGGACUACUCAACCAAGUACCGCUACUGACCUUCCAUACCUAUGGUACAUUUAUUCAAACAUGCUACCCUCUAUGUCAUGUACAUUACCAUGCGUGGAAGUAUUUAGUAUCCUUUGUAAUGAACAUUGUUUUAAAUGUUCUGAGCAUUAUGUGUGAAUAGUUAUUAAGUUAAUAA